AUGAGCAACCCCUUUAGCAUCCAGAUCGAGGAUGGGAGGGACACGGACUGGACCUUGGAGCCCGGCGACGUUGUCGCGGAGAGACCGCCGUCUGUGGCUGUGGUUCCGGAAGAGUGCUCUCCUGAGGAGCUACCAGGUUUGAGCGCCAAGACCAGGGUAGGCGUUUUCGCCCUCUUGACGGCCGCGUCGGCGUUUCUGGGCGGCGGCUCCUUUAGUGUCUGGCGCGAGGUCGACGUUCCAGCACGCCCCAACCUCGAAUUGCUAGUUCUAGAUGCGCCGUGGGGAUCUGCGUUGGACGAUCCGGAGACCCUCAUGGAAUUGGUGCAGCGAGACGUAGAUUGUGGCUUUGCUGAGUGGACCCCUGGCGGGCGAGAUGAGGUGCGUCAGCGGCUUGGCCGACAGUGUGCGGCUGGCUUGGGCGAUGUUGAGGAGUUCAUUUCGCGGCACCCGGAUGUGCAGUGGAUUGCAUUCGUGCUUGAUGUCAAAACAGCGCACAAGCGCGUCAAGGUGGCCCCGGAUGAACAGGGUUACUCAGUGUUUACCGCAGUGGACCCACAAGGUAAUACCAGGUGGCUGGUGUAUCGCACUUGCCACUUUGGUGGGGCAUGGAGCGCUUACUGGUGGUCAAGGGUUGCUGCAGGCUAUGUACGUCGUGGACAUUUGCUUCUGCAUCGCGCUCACUUUUUGGCUAUGUAUGUUGAUGAUGAGCUCUCAUUGUUUCCAGCUGCCACGGGCCCCUUAAUGGCAGGCCUACUCGUCGCCUUGGCGUGUGUCCUAGGAAUACCGCUCUCCUGGAAGAAAAUGGCCCUUGGGCCCUGUGUGAAAUGGGCUGGAUGGCUGCUGAACCUCCAGGGCGCACCGCGGGCUUCCCUGCCGGAGGACAAGACAGUGCGCAUUGUGAAUGGCCUGUUGGUUGUGAUACGAAGAGGCGAUGUGUGUCGCCGGGACCUCCAGUCCUUGGUUGCUGAGUGUGGCAGCAGCGCUGUGCGCCGUCCGCAAGACCUCCAGUCGUGCCGCCUGAAGCACGGUCGCGCUUGGGUGAAGUUUCUGGAUGAUGAGUCUGCGACUGUGCGACCCUCUCGACAAGAAGCGGAGGUGGCAGAAUUCUUCCUGCGCGCAGUGCGACUACGCGUGGCCGGUAUUGGUGGGUGGUUCUUGCCAGAGGGCGCGCCGCUCGCGGUGUCUUCCAUUGUCUGGUUCUCCAUCCCGCUGGAUGCCCAUUCUUUGCCCGGCUGGUUUGCUGAUGACGACACAGAUCUUGAGACGACGAUUUGCGCCUUGGAGGCUCUCGCGCAACUGGUACUAUUAGUUAUGCAGGUGAGUGAGACCGCUUGCAGCAGCCGCCGACCCAAUGUGGGAUGCAUUGCGCUGCGCCAGCAGUCAGAUAACCUUGGUGUGGUUUGCUCGUCGGCCAAGGGCUUGUCCAUGAAAGAGCCCCUCGCAUCUAUCCUACAGGCUACAGCAGUGUUUUGCAUGCAGGAACACUUGAACUUGCGGAUAAGCCACCUGGCAGGAUGCCGAAAUUGUUGGGCUGAUGCCCUGUCUCGGGGGGCAGCCCACGACGCCACUUUCUGGAGCCAGCUGAGUCCGGCACGGCGCAAGCACUUGGAUUGGCGGAGUAUCAUGCAGGAUGCUCUUUAUCCCAAAGUGCAGUUGGAGUUGGAGCUUAGGUUCGGCAACACCCUGGCGCUGAACGGCCGCGACUGCUCCACCCAGCGGCCCUUCCAGAAGAUCUUCGAGGAAGGCCCUCCGACCAUUGCGAAGCCGGACGUCUUCCACGCGAUGGAACGGGCGGCCAUGCGCUUAACCGCGCUGGUCAGCUACCGCGGCGCCGGCACAGUGGAGUAUCUCUACAUCCCGGAGACCGGCGCCUUCUACUUCCUGGAGUUGAACCCAGAUCUGCAGGCGGAGCAUCCCGUGACCGAGGCCAUCACCGGAGUGAACAUGCCUGCCACUCAGUUGCAGAUCGCCAUGGGCAUCCCGCUCUACAACGUCCCCGACAUCCGAAGGUUCUACGGCAUGGACCCAGCUGUCUGCUCCAAGAUCGACUUCUUCGCCAAGGACUACCCGCCGAUCACCUCGCAUUGCUGCGCCUGCCGCAUCACCGCCGAGAAUCCCGACGAGGGCUUUAAACCCACCAGUCCUGACACCUAA